ACCAGUCCUGGUGAGAUGGGAGGGGCGUGCCAGGAAAGUUAAAGAGGACAGAUGGGUAGCAGGGAGGCUGCACCACAUGGUAACUCCAGAUAAUGUUGUUUACUGGUCCUUGGAAAAAAAGGUUGCAUCUAGAACAACCAGGAGCACCCCUGAUGCCAGGUGGCAUGGCAAGAUUAAAGCAGCAACCAUGAGUCAGGACUUUGAAGCUCCUCUGGAGAACUCUCUCAUCUCAUUACCGCCUGUUGCGGGCUGGAGGGAACCACUAAGGAGACAGGGGUUCCACAGAGUGGCAAAAAGACCCCUGGUUUAAACCUUCCCUGCCUUCCCAUUGAGAUCUCCCUGCAAGCAUAAAGGCUUGAAACUAAUAGGACUCAAAGUGGGUGCUGUGAAGUAAUAGGAACUCUGAGAUGUGAUUCAGGAUCCAGCCAACCAGGGCAUGUUACCACCAGGCUGAACGUUAGGACGAUAACAAGAACUACAGAGAAAGAGGGACUGGAAGCCAAAAGGGAAUGGCAGCUCGGAGCCAGGAGGACUAUGAAGCUGACAUUCAGGGGAAACUUGAAGUUGAGGCAUAUGAUGACUCUCCACUGAAACACUCCAAUAUGUCACUUGCAACCCAAAGCAGAAGAGGAGCCCAAUCUAGGUGGUGGAACAGAGCCUUUCCCUUUGCCGAGAGGAGCAUUAGACCUUGGUCAUGGAGUCUCCUCCGUCAUUCCUCCUGGCCUGGUCACCGCCAGGGAGCGUAUCACCUGAAUAAGAGGAGAAGGAUGGAGAGGGUGUCCCCAGGGAAGGCAGGAUGCUACCAGAGCCAUGAGGACAGUGGACCAAGUUACUCCUCACCUGAGGAGGCAUCAGGAAGUGGGAGGGCUCCUCAACCAUCCACCUCCCACAAAAGGAUCCAUGAGUCAUAUGUGGAACUUCAUGAAUUGGUCAUGGACAAGAACAAUGAGCUUCGCUGGAUGGAGGCUUCUCAUUGGAUCAAGUUGGAAGAGGACUUUGAGGAACUGGGGCACUGGGGCAGACCUCACCUUUCAUAUCUGAGUUUCCAAAGCCUUCUGGAAGUGCGCAGGGCUUUUACCAAAGGAACUAUUCUUCUAGACCUGCCAGAAACAAGCCUAGCUGGGAUUGCCCAUCAAAUGAUUGACCAAAUGAUCUAUGAAGGGCAGCUCAAGCCAGAGGACAAAGAGGUCGUCUUAAGGACCCUCCUACUUCAGCACAGUCACCCUGACGAGUCUGCUUCAUUAGGCACUGUUUCUCCUGGGCUGCUGGAACGGACUGAUGCCAAAGACUCAGAACAGCCACUUUUGCAUGAACAAGAAAUUGAGAUGAAGACCUUUUCAGAACAGGAAGAGUCAAGUAGUGGUUUUAAGAAACAGCUUUUAGAUAAGAUCCAGCCUGAUGCAGAAGCCACACUUGUCCUGGCUGGCUGUGCCACCAUUGUGGAACGUCCCACUCUGGCCUUUGUACGCUUGAAGGAUGCCGUAGAGCUGGACUCUGUCCUGAAGGUCCAUGUACCUGUCAGAUUCCUUUUUGUGAUUCUGGGCCCAAAUAACCCUGGUACCAACUACCAUGAGAUUGGGAGAGGAAUCUCAACAAUGAUGUCUGAAAAGGUAUUCCGCCGUGACUCCUACUUGGCAGAAAGAAGGGAAGACCUGGUGAAGAGUGUGGAGGAGUUCCUGGACUGUUGCAUUGUCCUCCCACCCUCUGAUAUCCAAAGUGAAACACUCCUCAAGACAUUGUUGCCAGUGCAGAAGGAGCUCUUACGGAAGAGGUACCUGCCAGCAGAGAAAACUGAGCUCGUAAAAGAGCUAGAGCAAGAACUGGAAGCCCAGACCCUCAAGGCAGAAGAUGAUGAUGACCCCUUGCGCAGGACGGGCAGGCCUUUUGGGGGGCUGGUGAGGGACAUAGAACGCCGGUACCCCAAGUACCUCAGUGAUAUCACGGAUGCUCUCAAUGCUCAGUCUCUGGCUGCCGUCAUCUUUAUCUACUUUGCUGCCCUUUCCCCUGCCAUUACCUUUGGAGGCCUUCUGAGUGAGAAGACUGAAAAGCUGAUGGGAGUAUCCGAGCUUCUGCUCUCUACAGCAGUCCAGGGUGUCUUCUUCUGCUUGCUUGGAGCUCAGCCUUUGCUUGUGCUUGGCUUUUCUGGCCCCCUUCUGGUUUUUGAAGAAGCCUUUUUUAAGUUUUGUGAGACAAACGGGUUGGAAUACCUUGUGGGGAGAGUCUGGAUUGGCUUUUGGCUUAUAAUCUUGGUGGUGCUGGUGGUGGCUUUUGAGGGCAGCUUCCUGGUACGUUUCAUCUCCCGCUACACCCAAGAGAUCUUCUCCUUCCUCAUCUCCCUUAUCUUCAUCUACGAGACUUUCUACAAACUCUUCAAGAUUUUCGAGAAACACCCCCUGAAGCUAGAAUAUAUAAACAGCACUCAGAUUGGAGAUGAGGAUCCAAAAAUACCUCUACCCAACACUGCCCUGCUCUCCCUUGUCCUCAUGGCAGGAACAUUCUUCAUCGCUUUCUUCUUGCGCAAAUUCAAGAACAGCAGUUUCUUUCCUGGCAAGCUCCGCCGUGUGAUUGGUGACUUUGGUGUCCCUAUUGCCAUCUUCCUCAUGGCCUUAGCAGACUACUUUAUUGAGCACACCUACAGUCAGAAACUGAAAGUUCCAAAAGGCCUUGAGACUUCCUAUCCAUCAAGGGGCUGGUUCGUUUAUCCAUUGGGAGAAUAUGACGAGUUUCCCAUCUGGUUGAUGUUUGCUGCAGCUUUACCUGCCCUGUUGGUCUUCAUUCUCAUCUUCUUGGAGUCGCAGAUCACCACGUUGAUUGUGAGCAAACCCGAGAGGAAGCUGGUGAAGGGUUCAGGUUUCCAUCUAGAUCUACUUCUAAUUGUUGGCAUGGGGGGCAUCUUACCCCUUUUUGGCAUGCCCUGGCUCAGUGCCACCACAGUGAGGACUGUCACGCAUGCUAAUGCCCUGACAGUGAUGUCCAAGGUGACUGUCCCAGGGGAGAAAGCCUAUGUCCAGGAGGUCAAGGAGCAAAGGGUCACUGGCCUGCUGGUGGCCAUUCUUGUAGGCCUCUCCAUCCUCAUGGAACCCAUCCUGAAGUUGAUUCCACUUGCAGUGCUCUUUGGCAUCUUCCUUUACAUGGGGGUGACAUCUCUCAAUGGGAUCCAGCUCUAUGACCGCAUCCUUCUCUUGCUGAAGCCUCCCAAAUAUCACCCAGAUGAGCCUUAUGUUAGAAAAGUAAAGACUUUGCGGAUGCACAUCUUCACUCUUACUCAGAUCGUGUGCCUAGUCUUGCUGUGGGUUGUGAAAUCUACCCCGGCCUCCCUUGCCUUGCCUUUUCUCCUCAUCCUGACUGUGCCUCUGCGACGCUUCCUGCUGCCACUUUACUUCAGUGAGCUUGAGCUCAAGUGUUUGGAUGCUGAUGAUGCGGAGGUGACAUUUGAUGAGACAGAAGGCCAGGAUGUUUAUGAUGAAGUCCAGAUGCCUGUUUGAGUGCACGCUGUGCUGCAUCCUUCAGACAGAUAAGGAAUCAAGAGCCCUUCCCAAAAACUGCAGACAAAAAAAGAAUCUGGAGAACAUUUCCCCUUAUCUAUGCGUAUCAGUAUACAGCAGUUGCAUACUGGGCUCCUUAUAAGAGGAAGGGCGGGAUAUAAAUUAAAAAAAUUAAUAUUGGUAAACAUCCCAUAGAUGUAAAUACACACGUUUAUCAAAACAUGGAUUCCAUAGGAUUUAAAUAGCUAACAUAUUUAGAUCUUAUUCCACUCACUGUAGUUCUGUAGUGAAAUGUUAGCAAAGAUUUAGGAGAUAGACUUAUUUUCCCAGAAGAGGGGAGAAAAUCAAAGCUAUGCAGGACUUGGGAGGAGAUAGGAAUUACAUCCAUGGACUCCGUUUUUAAAGCUGCCUGUGACCCCAUUGCUUCUCUUAUGUGUGUGUGUGUGUUUGCAUGUGAGUGUGCAUGCAUGUGUGUGAAGUGUAUGCAGAGGGCCCUACCUACAGCUUUCCCAAGGCAGGAAGUACUUCUGUCGGUGGCACCAAUAUGUACCAAAGGGAUGCCAGCUGAAGUUUUUGAAAGAAAUACUGAAAACAGUAUCCUCAAGAGUUGAUCGAUGAUGGAAUGGACCCAAUACAUAACUGAAACUGAGAAGAAGUGGCAGAGUGACAUGUUCUUUCUUGGACAUUGAACGCGCUGGGUCAGAAAAGACAUGGGCACACAAAUGAGGCAUAGAACAAAGACUGAAGAAAUACACUGAAGACGGGCAAUAUCUUGGCAAAACAAAGACGCGCCAGUUAUCACCCCAGUUCAGAAACCUGAUAUGGAGAAACAGCAGAACCACCCAGCUAUGAAGGAAGAUCAAUACUGCUCCUUAUGAGAAUGCUCUUAGAUCAACAAAAGCAAUUCUGCACUGGCAGAAUGGGGAGGUGCAAGCCACAAAAACAGGCUCAAGGGGAAGUUGGCCAUCCGCCGCAUCUCAAAGCUUGCUUUAAUUUUGUGUGAGCCCCCCCCUCCCUGAUUGCUCAAUGGAACAAAAACUAUGGUGCUAAGAAGUCUGAAGACAUCAUCCAGAAGAGACAUGUUUGCCUUGUGCUGCUCUACCUUACCUGCAUCCAUUGCAGUUGCAUGGCAUGUCACUCUCCUCUUCCUUGAGCCACUGCAUUACAUUUACUAGUAAAAAAUGUUGUGAAUUGUAGAAAACUAGAGUUGAAAAAGGACCCAGUGGACCACUGAGUCUAUAAACCUCUUGGGCUGGGCAGGGAUAUUUUUUACAUAAAGCAUCCUGACUAAACUUUUCCUGUCCUUGCAGCAAAGACCUCAGCAGAAGGACACUUCAUAGCUUUUGUAGGCAACGUAUUCUAUUGCACCAAGAACAGCCUGAGUUUUCUGCGGCUCAGUUAAACUGUAGAAGUUGCUACCACAAGAUGUGCUGAUGACCAACGCUUUAAAAAUGGAUUAGACAAAUUCAUGCAGGAAAAAAGCGAUCAAAGACGUUCCUGGCAGGGGAGAUACCAUGAGCAUGAAGGAGAUAUACUGCCUUCAAGAGUUGAGGUGGCGUGCCUCUGAAUAUUAGUCACAGGAGAACAACAGCAGGAGAGUCUAGCUUUUUUUGCCUUAAUGUCCUGCUUGUGGGUCUCCCAUAGGCAUCUGGUUGGCCACUAUGGGAAACAGCCAGGAUGUUGGACUAGAGAGGUUUUUGUUCUGAUCAGAGUUCUUUUUAUGUUCUUAUUAAAGCUACUUUUAAGGGAAAUACUCCUGUUAGUAUAAAUUAGCUACCACAAAUAAGCUUGUAUCUUAGAGUACAAUAACCAGGACUGUGUGCUAAAUGUGCAGACCACAGGAUCUAUUGUCUUGUUCAGGAUGGCAUCCUGAGAGUCUUAAUUUUUAAUGUUAAACAAUAUUCUAGUCCUUGUGAUAGAAGCUUGCAAAUUUCUUCCAGCAGGUCCCUCCCUUUGUCUUUGCUUCUUCCACCUGGACAACACAUUCCAAAAUAUUUGAAAUCCUAUGUCAGAGAAGCAAAGCUAAGCAGAUGUUAAGCUGACCUGGCAUCUCCAAUGUCCAUAUAUUCUUAUUGUAGGGCUUUUUUUGUCACACUGUAUACAUAUAGCUAUAACAACUCUCAUAUGCACCAAUCUGACAAAUGAUUGUGGUAACAGCUCUGCUGUACCUGUGCUCUAAUAUGUGCUGGGAGGACUGGGAGUGUGGUGAGGGAACUAUAUCCAGCAACUUAAUCCCCUGCAUUGUUCCAUGGGGAUCCUAAUCCUCCUCCCUCACCGCAAAGUCUGUGCAUUAGGUGUUUCUUUACAAGCAGCCAGAAGUCCUGAAUCAGGAGCUGUGUCCUUACUAAUCUUCACUUGGCCUCUACCUGCCUUCAACACUCAGUCAAAUGCUUACUGCAGGACCCAAGGCAACAGCUUCCUCCUCAUUCUGAUUCUACAUCAUGCAGCUAAUAGAUCCUACACCUGCCUGUGGAAAGACGCCACCCUUUUUUGUACUCAUCUCUGAAAAUCCCUACACGUCCCCUGAAUGUAGGAAUCAUGUCGUGUUAUCCUUUAAUAUCUUUAGGAUAAUUUAAAACUUUUGUGGCAAAUACAAAUAUUGCACUGCUAAUAGUCAUUCCAGCAGUAAAAGUGUCAUUAAUGGUUACUUCCUAGUGACCAGACAUGCCUGAAAUCCACAUUCUUUCACUUGGCAGCAUGAGUUUCUAAUCCUUGGUGUGUGUGGGCUGACUAGGGUGAUUCACUGUGAGUGGAAAGAUGUCUGUAGAUGCCCAGAGGUGCUCUCUCCUUCAUUGUUAUCUGGCAUAAACCAGGACUGAACCCUGGCUCAAAUCAAGGGCUGGUUAGCAUGAAUCCAAUGAGCAAUAGGGUUAGGAAAACCAAACGGUAGCAUUUCUUCAUGUGUCACGUAAUCAACUUAUACAACUAAUUGCCACAAGCUGUAAUGAUGGACGCUAGUUCUGAUGACUUUUUUUUAAAAAAAGGUUUUGAUGAUUCAUCAAAUGAUCAUUCUGAUGAUAACAUCAGUGGGUGUUAGCCAUGACAGCGAAACAGAGUCCCCAUCUUCAGAGACCAUAUACCUCUGUUUACCAGAUGCUGAGGACAAGCUACAGGAGAGGGCUAUUUCUAUCAUGCCCUGUGAGUUUCCCAGAAGCAUCCAACUGGCUACUGUUAAGGAGACAAAACAUUAGACUAUAUGAACCCUUGGUUUGAACUUAGGUUAUAUCCAGUGCUAGCCCUAUUCAGAGUAGCCCCAAUGAAAUUAAGGGACCUAAAUCAGUUGUGUACAUUAAUUUCAAUGGGUGUACUCCGAGAAGGACAAGCACUGGAUAUAUAGCCCUUUAUCUUAAUGGAGCCUGGGGGUGGGGGACACACCAAGAAACACAUUCCAGCUCAAUCUGAGCAAAAUGGUCACUUCAUUAAUUAGUUAAUGUUGCGGGGGGAGGGGGAGUCUUGACUCUCUUCCUGACCAAAUUCACACCAGUUUGUGUUGCCCAAAGGUCAAGGUAUCUAUUUUAUAUUAAUUAAAGACAUAAACUCUAAGGGUUGUGUAAUUGUAUCAUGCUGUAACACUGCUAUAAUUAGGGCUGCCAUUUGGAGGGGGGUCUAGCUGGUCUCCUUUGCCUUUAACAUCUGCAUGACAGGCAGAAACUCAACAGAUGGAUCCUUUUUCCAGCAUGGUAUUGCAGCGGUAGAACAAGCUUCAGUGGAUUUUUUCUGCCAGUUAUCUAGGUGUUAAAGGCACAGGGGCCCUCUCAGGAAGAAACUUGGCAUCCCUAGUUGUAAGUAAUGUUGUACACAUUUUAAGUUAGUUAUAAUGAGCUUUUGUAAUUUAUUAAAAUUCAUAUUUAAUAUUUUAAUAGUUUUGCUUCUUUUGCUUUGCUAGGUUAAAAAGAUAUGAAGGAGGCUUUUGCUUUGCAAAAGAUAUAACAUGAUAGUGUGCUGCAUUUCCUUUGUUAUUUUUUCUGAUUAGAUGAGGUAUGAUUAAGCCAAUAUUAUUACAAUUGUUUCUUGAUUUGAAUGACAACAAAGGGAAUAAACUUUUUUUUUAAGAAAA